GCUGUGCUUACAUCCUGCUACUUCUUCAAUGCUGCAUGUUGCCGAGGGCUGGCUGGCUGGCUGGCAGAGCUCCCUGCUGCAUUCCACUUGCUGGUCUUUCAGUUCGCCUCUGCUGCAAAGACUUCACUCUCAUGUGAUUAUCAUUCAGGAAAUUAUUUGGCAAACAUAUUUACUAACGGACUGCCACAAGCAACUCUAGUUACAGCAAAGGAAGAAAUCUCUACUUCAGCAAAAUUUAGAAGAAAAAACAUUGCAAAGUAUUUCUAAUCACCCUGCAUCGGUGGCUUCAGAUUAGAUAUUGAUGAGUGAAUACCCUUUGGCUCAGCAUGGAUUGGUCCACAUCAUCAUGGAUUUCAUCCCACUCUCACCUUUAACAAUUGCCUGCUCAUCAAUGACAACCAUCACACAGCUGUCUUUCCUCUGUAGAGGACAAGUCUUUGUGAUUUGAAACGCGUGUUCAUCAGACACAUCAAAAUAUUGUGGUAUCUUGUUCUUGUGGUUUCUGUCACAAAACGUCAAAGUUUUCCUGUUGCCCAGUCAUGGGAGGAUGUUUCUCAAAGCCAAAACCAGUUGACGUCAAGGUUGAAGUGAUGGUCCCUGACAAGGAGAAGGAGAAAGAGAGCUUUUCGCCCAAUGGCAAAGUCAGCCCCAUGCCGACGUGCAAGGCCAACGGGAGCACGAAGCACAUGGAGGAGCGGCCCGUCACUGUUGACCUCUAUCAAAACCCAAAGGACAUGGUGGAGGUGGCAGUGUGUCAUGUGAAUGAGCUCCAGAAUGGACAGAUGCGGGAGGUGGACGUGGCCUGUGGCAAAGCCUUGUUGAUCAAAGAGAGGGGAGAAUAUUGUGCAAUAGGACACAAGUGUCCCCAUUACGGGGCUCCCCUGGUGAAAGGUGUUUUAACCAAUGGGAGAGUUCGGUGCCCGUGGCACGGGGCUUGUUUUAAUGUUGCAACUGGUGACAUUGAAGAUUUUCCUGGAUUAGACAGUUUACCAAAAUUUCAGGUCAGAAUAGAGAAAGAGAAAGUCAUGGUGCGAGCAAGUAAACAGGCUCUGCAGUCCCAGAAGCGGGUGAAAUGGAUGGUCAGGUGUGCGACUCUGAGUGACGGCAGCUUCAACAACACCAAUGUGCUUAUCAUUGGGGCAGGCCCUGCAGGAUUGGUCUGUGCUGAAACUCUGAGGCAGGAAGGCUUCACUGACCGGAUUGUAAUGUGUACUAUGGAGAUGCAUCUCCCCUAUGACAGGCCUAAACUAAGUAAGUCCCUUGAAUGUCAAGCCGAGCAAAUCACUCUGCGAUCCAAAGAAUUCUUAUCGCAGUAUGAUAUCGAAAUGCAAACAGGAAGGGAGGUGGUCUCAGUGGAUGUAAAGAAUAAGGUGGUCCACUUUAAGGAUGGUCUCAAGAUGGAGUAUACCAAUUUGCUGAUUGCAACAGGGAGCAGGCCUAAACCACUUCAGUGCCAAGGUGCGGACUUAGAGAAUGUGUAUCAGCUCAGGACGCCAGAGGAUGCAAACUGCAUUGCCAAACUGGCCAACGACAGGAACGCUGUGAUAGUUGGAGCUUCUUUUAUAGGCAUGGAAGUAGCUGCAUACCUCACUGAUAAAUCCCACUCAGUGUCCGUCAUUGGCAUUGAAAACAUCCCUUUCAGAAAGGUGCUGGGAGAGAAGGUUGGACAAUCCAUAAUGAAAAUGUUUGAGACCAAUCGUGUGAAAUUCUACCUGCAGAAUGAGGUCUCCGAGCUGCGAGGUCAGGAUGGGAAGGUGAAAGAAGUUGUUCUGAAAAGUGGAAAAAUCCUUCGAGCUGAUGUUUGUGUGGUUGGAAUUGGGGUUGUACCAGCUACAUUAUUCCUCAAGCAGAGUGGAAUCAAUAUGGAUUCUAAGGGCUUUCUUCCCGUCAACAAGCUCAUGCAGACAAAUAUGCCUGGGGUCUUUGCUGCCGGCGACAUUGUCACAUUCCCACUAGCCUUUCGCAACAAUAAGAAGGUGAAUGUGGGUCAUUGGCAGAUGGCCCACGUGCAUGGUCGUAUAGCUGCUCUCAACAUCUUGGGAAAAGGAGUAGAGAUUAACACGGUGCCCUACUUCUGGACAGCAAUGUUCGGGAAAAGUAUUCGCUAUGCAGGUCAUGGGGAAGGAUUCGAUGAUGUUAUCAUUCAAGGAGACUUGGAUGAGCGGAAGUUUGUGGCGUUCUACACAAAGAAAGCUACUGGGAUGAACAACUGCAUACAGACCUGGAGAAGCGAUGAGGUCAUUGCUGUGUCAAGCAUGAACUAUGACCCCAUUGUGUCUAAAGUAGCAGAGGUCAUGGCAUCUGGGAGGACAAUCAAGAAAAGGGAUGUCGAGAUAUUUGUACAUCAUGGCUGGACAGGUGACAUGUCUUGGCUCUUUGGCAAAGGUACAUAGUGCAAACUGUCAGUGGACCCUGUGCCCUGGGCAAAGCCACAGCUUGGAACAGAUCUCAGUGGCUCAGUUGGAAAGACCUUUCUGGAGCACAAAAUCACCAGCAGGAGGUUGUGCUGUGUGGAGCGGGAUGGUGGGACAAGAUUGAUGCAAGGGGAUAGCAGCACGCACUUUAGUACAGAAUGGUCAAGCCUCUUGGCAGCUGCUGUCUUUCUUGAAUCAAGGUGGUGGUCACCAAUUUUGAAAGACAGCAAUGCCUGUAGUGAGCAGAAGAUCAGACUCGCAACUCCAUGUUUCACUCCACAUGGGGACUCACCAAACAUCCAAAAGUAAAGCAGUUCCUUACUCAAGUGUGCCAAUUAAGGUGAAGGGUAUCAGGUCUUCUUGCCUGUGCCCCUGCCUACACUCAACCCGAUAUUGCAUAUGGCCUCUACUGCAUGUUUCUCCCUGGCCCCUUGUUGACAAGAGCGACUGACUCUAAAUCUUAUCCUGUUGGGUCCACGGCUCACUGUAUUGAGAAACUGAUGGUCACACAAUGACCCAGACAAGGCUCUUACACAUUCUGAUCAUCUAAAAGGAAUUGGUGUGGUUUCUAGUAAAUCUGUUAAGCAAUAAUGGGAAAUGUACUUUUAUUAUAAAAAGAAAGUCCUGUAUGGGGUUGUUUCAGAUGACAUUAUGUUCCUUGAACGGCACAUCUGCUGAUCCUGGCAAGCGUGUUUCUGCAUCUAACACAAUAAAAAGGACCGAGCAAGGCAAAACGUGGUAACAUGAUAGUGCAAUUACUCUAAUCAUUUUGGAAUUCUGUUAAAAUUAAAGAGAACUAAAAUCU